AUGGGAGCGGCUUAAGGCGCGCGCUGGCUGCUGGGUCUCCACAGCAACACUGAGAAACGGCAGAAAACUGUGCUGCAUCAACGCAUCGGUUCUGUGAUCUGUCUCCAACAUGUCCGGAAAGAUGGGGCUGUAUCGCUCGCAGCCGCGAGACUUCAGCAACCUGUUUCAGACAUGCAGCUCUAAUAUUCAGAAAAUAACACACAACACUGGCCAAAUAAAAUCCAUGCUGUUCCAGCUUGGUAGCAGACCAGACACUCCUGAACUUCAGGACAGACUUCAGCAGAUGCAGCAUUACACAAAUCAGCUAGCCAAAGAGACCAACAAGCACCUGAAAGAACUGGGCUCUUUACCUCUACCCUUGUCUCCUUCAGAACAGCGGCAGCAGAGGCUCCAGAAGGACCGGCUGAUGAGCGAAUUCUCGGCGGCCCUCAACAACUUCCAGGUGGUGCAACGUCGAGCUGCUGAGAGGGAGAGAGAGUCCAUGGCCAGGGCUCGAGGUGGCUCACGUUUACUGGUUGAAGAAAGCAACCAAGAUGAACAACUUGUGACUUUUGAAAAGAAUGAAGACUUGGGGCCGUUCCAGAGUCAGGUUGAAGAGCAGCCCAUUACAGAAGAGGACUUGGAGCUGAUCAAGGAGAGGGAAACCAACAUCCGGCAACUGGAGGCAGAUAUCAUGGACGUGAAUCAGAUUUUCAAAGAUUUGGCAGUUAUGAUUCAUGAUCAGGGCGAUAUAAUAGAUAGCAUAGAGGCUAAUGUGGAGAGCGCUGAGGUGCAUGUGGAGCACGGGACUGAGCAGCUACAACGUGCUGCCUACUACCAGAGGAAGUCACGCAAGAGGAUGUGUAUUCUGGCUUUAGUGCUGUCUUUAGUGGUGACUGUCUUCGCCAUUAUUAUUUGGCAAGCUACCAAAUAAGGUGAUAUAUUACACAUUUGAAUUUGGCGCACUUUAAGAUACCCAGUGGUGAGUGGUUUGUUUGUGUAUGGAAAUUAACUGCAAAUUAUUGCUUUUAUUAUUUAGAACAUCCAUAGAUACACUAAAUAUUGACAGCAUCUUGCAUGUCCAGUAUUGCUUUUUACAUCUUUAUGGGGCAAGUUGAGUCUUUGUGCAUUUUCUAAGUAUCAUGCAAAAUAAUAUGAAGGGUGACUGUUCACUGAUGAUGGAUUUGGUGAACAAAUAUGAAGUUGAUUAAAAUGCAAGUGAAACAGUGAGUGUCAUUUAAUUUGAUAGAAAUACAAUUUAAUUAAAUCUGCAGGUUUUAUAAAACAUGAGCCAUAUUUUAUUAAUUUAUCAUUUGGAAAGGUUUUGUUGCUUUUUUGUAAGUAAAAAUAACUUAUUUAAAUGAUAAAAUGAUGCAAAGGUUAAAAAAGGUAAAUGAUUACUGCUCAGUUCAUGCUUUUCAUUAUGUAUUUUUUGUUAGUAUUACUCAAUGACUAAUAUACAAUAGUGAACAACAGAUAAAUGAUAAAUAUGGCUUUUUUGUAGAAAAUCUACUUUUGUAAUCAGAAUUCAUCAGAUCACUGUGUUCCCUUUUAUUUUCAGUUGAAUGGUUUUGUUCAGUUUUUACUGGACAAGUUUGUGCAGUAUCCAUUUCUUUUUGUUUCUUUAAAUCCACUUACAACAAUUAGUAGCACAAUGAUAUAUGGGUGAUUUUGCACGUCUGCAGGCCAAGAAACACUUUUAAAUGAGACGGUCUCCAUUUAUUUUUAGUCUCAUAAUGGUAGCACUAUACAUAAGUCAUUGCUACAUAAUUUACCCAAUGUAGACCUACAAAGUACCAAAUUAAAGCUGACGGUCUGCUCUUCAACGUCAUUCAUGGCUUCAUUUCAAAUCUGUUGUGCUGGGGUACAGAAAUAACAGUAAAUCUGUCUCAUUGUUCUGAUGUAAAUUGCUCUAAUGAAGGUGCGGCACAUAUUGUACAGGUAGUUACUAAUUCUCUUUUGUCUCUGAAUGCAUAUUGUAGAUUCCAAAAGUGGCUUUAUUAUUAUUAUUAUUAUUAUUUUUUUUUUAAAUAAGAGCAUUAUUGUUAUCUUAAAGAAUGCAUUUUUCAACAUGUAUGUAACAUUGGUGGGACACAAUGUAUAUAUCAUUUGGUGGCUGCCAUUCAUAUGAUGAAGCUCCUGUGGGAUGUUCUUUCAGACGUGUGUGUGUGUGCGCACGCGUGCUUUUUUUAAUUCAGAAUAUCAAUUCCUUAAUCUAAGUGCAGUAACUGAAACUCUUAACUCUGCUACAAUUAUCUGCUGAGAUUUGGCUCAACCUGAUGAACUGUGAGAAUGGGUUUUUUUUUUUUUUCCCUUUCCUAAAUGUAAAAUCUGAUGUUAGUAAAUUAUCACAAAUUGAUUGCAGGUGCACCUUCUUUCUCACUAUGAACAACUUUUAACAUUAUUUAAAAUCUUUCAUUAAUGUUUGUUGUUUGUUUUUCCCUGAAAAUAACUUGUGUGGCGAUUACAGUAAAUUUUAGGUACCAAAAACUAGUGGGAAAUACGAAGUCCAAGUUUUCAUUAUGAUCCAUGUAAUGAGGUCUCUCACUUUACACCUGUGUGUAUGUAUGUGUGUGUGUGUGUGUGUGUGUGUGUGUGUAUAUAUAUUAAAUAAAUGAGAAUGUCCAUCA